AGAACCUUUGGGCUCGAUGGAUCGAAAACAACGAGCUUUUUCAAUCUAAUCGAAACUGUAUGACAUUAUUUAAUAGAUCCUGAAUAUCCUAGCACCUUACUCACUCUACCUGUUUUACCUGAGUGUUUCUAUAGUGCAUGGAGGAUUUCAAUGCUGUAAACCGUCCUGGUUAGGCUGGCAGUAAAUAGUUGUUCAGAUAGAUUCCAGGUACUGAACUGAUCUGGCUGUUCCAGGAUUAACUGCUACCUGCACCAUGUGCAUGCCAUGCACCAACUGUUUAAAUCAGUUCACAGGUCAAUACUUGAGUAAAUAGUUGCUUUCCUCCUGUAAACAUCACUGAUUUAAGGCCUCGCCUGUUUGUGUUGAGUCUCUUGUGUUGUGCUUCCAUCUUGUGGUUUCUUUGGAAACUACACAAUGAUCCCAAACCAUAUUUUUUUUAUAAAUAUAAUUCCCACACAUCAUUUGUGCAGAAAUCUUCUUUUGCAGAGUUUUGAUGAGAGGAGAAAUGUCAGACAGACGUGCAUAGGAUGGAAGAGUGGGAACGUUUUUAGCUCUCAGAAGAUGAACCAGCCUGAUGCAUCUUCAAACCUGCAGGAAGAAAAAGAGAAAUGCAACCAAGCGAGACAUCUGGCAUAACACUGAAGAGACCCAGCCGGCUGUCCGGUCCGCCCUUCUCCCUCCCUGCUGCUGCUGCCAUGGACUCGGAGGCUGCCGCUCUGGAUGAUGCGACGACUGGUCCUGCAGACUGCACCGAGAUGGAGGAGCGGCUAAAGGAGGGGAACAUGACGGCUGAUGUGGAGGCUUCUCUGCCUGCUGGACAGGAGGAUUCUGCAAUCCGGUGUCGAGAUGUGUGCCGGUCAUACGGGAAACUGAAGGUCCUCAACAACCUCAACCUGAUUGUACCACAGGGACAUAUUUAUGGCCUUCUGGGGCCCAGUGGAUGUGGGAAGACCACACUUCUCAAAUGCAUCGUGGGAACUCUGAAAAUCUCGCGGGGUCACAUCAGUGUGCUGGGGAAGCCACCCGCGUUCCCUGGUCAUGACGUGCCAGGGAGGAAGGUCGGAUACAUGCCGCAGGAUCUGGCGUUAUACAACGAGUUCACCAUCAAAGACACCCUGACCUUCUUUGGCCUAAUCCAUGGCCUGACGUCGAAGGAAACCCAGGCACGCAUGGAUUUCCUCAUUGACUUUUUGGAUCUACCUCAGAAGCACAGUCUGGUCCGAAAUCUCAGUGGGGGGCAGAGGCGCAGGGUGUCUCUGGGAGCGGCUCUGCUUCAGAAUCCAGAGCUGCUCAUCCUGGACGAACCGACGGUCGGGGUGGACCCCGUGCUCAGAUCUAAGAUCUGGCAACAUCUCGUGGAGAUUGUAAAGACGGGGAAAGUCUCGGUCAUCAUCACUACACAUUACAUAGAGGAGGCCAGGCAAGCCAACGUGGUUGGUCUCAUGAGGAACGGCUGUUUGCUGGCUGAAGGUCCUCCAGACGCAGUCAUGAAGCAACACAGUGCAACAACCCUGGAGCGUGCCUUCCUACAGCUGUGUGAGACGUCGGACCAGAUCUGCUCCAAACAAGGGUCCAGUCCGCAGAGUGGGCCGCUGGAGAACAGCCAAUCGUUCGAGAGCGGACGGGAUGAGAGUCGGCCAAUUCUCGCGGUCGGUCCGGGAGCUGCAGAGGAGAUUCCCAAAUAUUCAGCGGACUGGAAAGUACGAGCCCGACACAUGAUGCCGAAGUGGAGAAACAUCGCCGCCUUGAUGAUCAAAACGAUGGUGCGGAUGAAGAGAAUGCCAGGCUCGUUGUGUUUCCAGUUCUUGCUGCCCGUCAUCCAGGUCUCUCUGAUCUGUUUGUGUGUUGGAGGAGACCCAAAGGGGAUCCAAGUUGCUGUGGUGAACAACGAGACGUCUCCCUCCGGUUUCAGUCACACACUGCUCUCCUUCCUGGACAACUCCAGCGUGUACCAGGUGCCCUUGUCCCAUACGGAAGCUUUUAAUGGGAUCUAUAAUGGAGAGUACUGGGGUGUCAUCGGCUUUGGCAAGAAUUUCACCAGCUACCUGACAAAAAGGAUGAUGCAGCGGCAGGUUUCUAAAGAGGUGGUUGAUGGAGGAUCAGUACACGUCUGGCUGGACCAGACAAAUCAACAAAUUGCCAUAAUGCUGCAGAAGAAAGUCCACGAGGCCUUUCAGGCUUUUGUGACACAUAAGUUGGGCAGUAUGUCGUACCUGGCCGACCUGCCAAUAAAGUUUGAAGAGCCCAUCUAUGGCAGCCAAAACACAGACUUCACUACAUUUGUGACGCCGGGAGCUGUUCUCAGUAUCACCUUCUACCUGGCCGUGGGCCUGACAGCUCUCUCCUUCGUCCUGGAGAGGAAGGAGGGGCUUUUGGACAGAUGCUGGGUCGCAGGCGUGAGCUCCAUGGAGACGAUGCUGGCUCACCUCUUCUCUCAGCUGUUUGUCAUCAGCUUCCAGAUCAUCCUGCUGCUCCUCUUCAUCCUGCUCGUCUUCAAGAUCCCGAAUGAAGGCUCGUUGGUGCUGGUCAUCAUUCUGAUCGUGCUGCAGGGCGUCACCGGCAUCUCGUUUGGCCUCGUCAUCUCAGCCGGGAUCGACGACGAGCAGAGUGCCAACCAGGCCGCCCUGGGCAUCUUCUACCCCAACCUCAUCCUCAGCGGUAUCAUCUGGCCCGUGGAGUGUAUCCCCUAUCCUCUCCGCUACAUCAGCCUGGCUCUUCCUCAGACCUACGCCUCAGAAGCUCUUCGCUGUAUCAUGUACAGAGGUUGGGACCUAUCUCAGAUGAUGGUGUGGCGAGGCUUCGCGGUCACCCUGGGCUGGAACACUUUCUUCCUCAUCCUGGCGACGGUCAUCUUAAAGCUGAGGACGUGACAGCCUCGCCCCCAGAGAACCUUCGUCAAUGUGGAGGGGGGGCAGAGCCGUCAGGUAGAGCCCAGGAGCCAACGACUCCACCUGGGCCUCCUGUAUCUGGAUGUACUGUGGCAGGACGAGAGCAGGAGGAGGGAAGGGUCACUGUGAUUUAAUAGACUGAUGAAGUUGGUGCGUCAGUCUCCCUCCUCCAGAUGAUCUGUCUCUCUCACGCGCACACAUACACCAGUGAGCUGCCUGAUCCUGCAACAGUUGCUUUGGCCUGUUCAAGCGUGAGUGAAAUUUCAAAAUGCUGCAGACAGAAUAAGCACAUGCACAAUAUGAGAAUAUUUGUUUAAAUGGGGAUAGAGUUUUUUUUUCAUUUCUAUGUGCAGCUUGUUGAAACUUCACCCCCAGAAAUGGGCCAUGUGCCAACUCAGGGUCACUUUUUAUUUGUGUUUGCCCUUGGUCUUAAUACUAACAGAGAGAUUUGGUGGUGAAUAUACAGAAUAUAACUUUUUUCCAUAAAGUGUUUGUUGUCUACCUUAAAUUUGCAUUAUAGAAAAUUCUGUGUGUAAUUGUGAACUUUAAAAUGGUCAGAAAAGGAGUCAGCACAACAAGAAAAUGUGAAAUUUUGUAUUUUUUCCCCGGUUGGUUUGCAAGCAGACAAACUGAGGAUUGUUUUGUCGGGUUGUGUUAUGACAGAAAAGGUUGACGGCUUCAUAUUGUCCAGGAAACGUGGCUUAUCACAGUGACACUAUCUUCUCUAGUCGUUUGCUUGUUUAAAUUUACGUCCUGUCGGAUGCGUGACAGGUAGAGGAAGUGUUACCAGGUGCUCGCCGUGACUUGUGUGCUGUGCCUGCAUCUCCCGUGAGGGGUUUUCAACAUUGGUGAUGGGAAAGCAUCGGUACUGUAUCAUUAUUUUUGACUUCACUUUGCUGGACAGAGUGGAGGCCAGUGGAUAGAUUUCUCUCACAGGUCAGGUGUGUCACGCUCUUCAAGCCAUCUGCAUCCAUGCAAAACAUAUUAUACCAUUUUUUUUUUUUUUUUUACACAAAAGUUUCAAACUGCUCGUACUUUAUACUUCCACCAUCAAUAACACAGAAUAAAAGCACACAGGAGUAAUGCUAAGAUGUGCCUUGUGGGAUGCUGUGGUGUCGGCAGUGAGGGAAAAGGGAAACUAAAUCCUAAAAUGAGGAAUAAAUAUGAAAUUGUGUUAUCUAUGAAUUGUUGUAGGUGACUGGAGUGAGAGUAGAAGCGACGGGGAAACAGAGGACUGAGUUUGUGCACAGAUAGUCAGUAAUAAAGUUAGAUACAUUUUAAAAUAACUCUUUAGGGUACUUUGACUUUGCAUUAUUGAAUAUUUUUUAAAGACACAGUAGAAUUAUUAUUUUGUUUUUAGAUUACGAGGUGUAUUUACAGUAAUAAAUAAGAUUUUUUUUAAUGUUUGGUUUGCAUAAAGAAACAAAAAACAUGUUGAAAUAAUGGAUGAUAGAGUCGGAAAGGCUAAUUACUAGAAAGGUUUACCAGUACUCUGUUGAUAAUAUAUCCGGUUCAUUUCUUUGCAUUUUACUCAUAUUGCUCUCCAAGACGAAUCAGCUCGCAGACUUGACCAAAUGCGUUCCACCUUUGAAAGCAGUAGUUCUACAUUUUGGGAAAUAAGCUUAUUCGCUUUCUUACCAAAAGCUUUGGCCCAGCCGUGUCCAAAGGUGACAGUUUUUGUGCACCAGCACCUCCAAAGCUCACUUUUUCUUGUCCACAAAGUCACCAGUGCCAGCCAAGAAACAAUCCAGCGAUAAACACCUGCAGACCAGUUUUAGAGGUGAUGGUAGGCUAGCUGUUGCCCCCUGUUUCCAGUCUUUAUGCUAAGCUAAGUCAACCUGCUGCUGAUUUUAGCUCCGUACAGACUUCACGGUGGCACGGAUCUCAUCAUCUAACUCUCAGCAAGAAUGCUGAUGGCGGUAUUUCCCAAAAUGUCAAAUUACUACCUUUGUCUCAGUCCAGCAUCACAUGUCGUGCCAAUCUCAGAAAGAUUUGAAACUGUUUACAUUCAUCUGGAACGCAUGCCUAAUAAAUCUGCAUAUUCUUUCGUUAGCAGAUGCUUUACCCCGGUUCAUCUGCAGUGAACUAAACACAUAAACCAGCAUGUGUUAUGUCUAGAUGUGUCGUGGAUGUUCCCUCUAUCUCCUUGCGAGGAUGCUAUGUGUUGCAGUGCUGCUAAUACCAGUUAUAAUAACAGUAAUGAAGAAUUUAUGUGUCCAUUAGGAGAUAAAUAAUUAAUGUAAGUGACUGUAAAUCACUCUGAUUGGUUUGCUCUGGAUUACGUCAUGAUCUAAUGGUAACGAUGUAUGUACACUAUGCCGUGUGUGAUGUUAGAUGUUGAGUCUUUACGAGAGAGCCCGCUGCGCUGUAAAUCUGCUGUCGCUCUGCUGUGCAUUCAGUCAGUGUUCCUCCAUAUUUUAAGGGACAUUGCGCUCUUGUUUGGUAGGAAUUAAGCUCCGAUACAAACAGACUUUCAUCAUGUUCAGAUGACAACAACACGCUCAAGUGUAUUUUUUGCCAAACUGUGAGGAUAUAUCGCUCUGUUUAUAUUCUUACCUCGACAGCAAGCUGAAGAAUCCUGGUGGGAUUACCUCCGUGCCUCGAUCCCCAUCACACAAUAAUGUACCUUAGUAAAACGAGUUUAAAAUGGUGGACAAUCUCUGACGUUCAUGUGAAAGUAUGGACAGUAUUUGGUUAUAAUGUGAGUUCAUUUUUUUUUGGACAAUCUCUUGACUAUCUCACCAGUUGGAAAUCAAAGAUUACACAGUGUUUCACAAGCUUUACAUAACCUGCAAUUUUACUACUGAAGAAACUAUUUCAAAUAAGCUGAUUACAUGUUAAACUACUAAACUAUUCCACUCCUUUUUUUUUUUUUGCACCUAUCAUGCUGCAUAGCAAUGUCUCAUGAAUGACUAAGGAUGCCUCCCUGCUCUUGCUGUGUGAUUUAUGUCUCUGUUGUGGUUUGAAGUGGGUGGGACACUUGGCAAAAGGUGAUGGCACAAUAUUUCUGUGCACCGUCCAAUCAAAUCCAAUCAAACCUCAGCCACACAGUCCUGAAGAAGAAGAUUAUCUGAGUUUGUGCUAGUGUUAAACUCUUCAUAAGUGAUAUUUAUUAAUGCCUUUUCAAAUGUUUGGGGGCGAGUCCAUUCAUCAACAGCUGAAACUGCAAUAUGUCCUUCUUUAAUACUCAUCAGAUUAAGUGAAUCAGAAGUGUAUGCAACAUAUUUUUGACUGGUUAAUACUGGAAUAUUGAGAUUCACAUAAACAUGUUAUUAAAGUUUAUGUUGCCAGAAUUUCCACUCUGCUCCAAAACUCCAGUCGACUACCUCCGCUGUCUCUCCCCAAAGGGCAUGUUAAACAUUUAAACUCCUGUGUUGUGACAUGUAUGCACUGUGAUAGCAGACCCGCUUUGAUGAAGUUCUGUUCAUGUAUUUUGAAACAAUAAACCUCGUUGAGAAAUCCUC